UGGAGCAUUCUUUGAGGAUCAACUUUCUUAUUUAGAGUUAGAAUUUUUUAAAAUUGAGUAUAUUAAAUCCUGAUUUUUUUUUUAAAUUUUUAAAAAAUACAUAUUUAUUUAUUUAUUUAUAGAAUAAGCGAUAAUUUUUAAUGAAAAUCCAUGCAUAGAGCGGAUAGGGCUAUUAAAUACCAUCCCGCCCAAAAUUAUGUCCUUUCUCGCACAACACGGGAAAACGUGAGACUUAAACGGAGCACUGGAUAUGGCGAGUACGAGUCUGAGCAUCGUACGGCCUUUGGCUUCUCCCCCUGGCCUUCAAAUAUCACCGCCACAGCUACCGCCUCGGCCAAACCGCCUUCGGGUUUGUUGCUUCUCUCGUGGGAUUUCUACUGAGAAAACCUUGACGCAGAUUGAGAGUUCAGGUGUCAUCGCCUGCCUUCGGGCCAAUAGUGCAGAGCUGGCAAUUGAAGCUGCGUGUGCUGCACUUCAUGGUGGUAUUUCAGUUCUGGAGAUUGUGAUGUCGACCCCAGGUGUGUUUGAGGUUCUACAGCAGCUAGUACAUGACCAUCCUACAAGAGUCCUAGGGGUAGGAACUGUACUAAAUGUUGAGGAUGCCAAAAGGGCAAUGAUAGCAGGAGCCAAGUUUCUUAUGAGUCCUGCUAUGGUUAAGGACAUUUUGGAUGAUUUUCAAUAUAGUGGAGUUUUAUACAUACCUGGUGUUAUGACCCCAACAGAGAUAUUGUCUGCAUAUGAUGCUGGUGCCAAAAUUGUCAAGGUUUAUCCUGUUUCUGCAUUAGGUGGCUCACAAUAUAUAUCAGCUAUCAAGAAGCCUUUUCCCCAUAUCUCAAUGGUUGCUUCUCAAGGCAUAACAACAGAUUCAGUUGGGGAUUAUAUUGCUCAGGGAGCAUCGUCGGUUGUUUUAUCAGAUGCCAUAUUUGAUAAAGAAGCAAUGGGUCAAAAAAAUUUCACUAAAAUCUAUCAACUUGCAAAUGCCGCAGCUUUGCAUGGCAAUGAAGCUGUAGACCGGAUGAAAAAGUUGAGGCUAAACCAUUUGUAAUAGGUGUAGUAAAAUCUUAUACCAAUGUAGUUUGGAAAAUGCUUUGGCAGUGCUGGACAUGUACUAGCAAACUGGUAAAGUCAGGUUUUCACUUUUUUUCUUAUUUUUUUUCUCCAUUUUAUACGUUGGCUUCCAUGUAACCUAUUAUGCACCCUUAGAUCAAUGAAGAAUUUAGUCUAAGUUUAUUUUGAAUGUGUACUUCAAGCAACUGAAAUCGUCAUGGUAGUUUGUUGAACUAUUAAGCAUUACAUUAUCAAUAUUAAUCCGACAUCACUUGCACUGGAUUUUCACUCAAUUCGCCUCACCUUUUUUAAAUUGAGUGCCAAGUUCAAACACAGGUUUAUUACAUGAUAUUCUCAGUUGGGAAACUGAAAAGUUGACCUUUCAGCAUGGAGUAAGAAGAAAGUGAGCCUGCACAAUCCCGUAUUUGGAUGAAGAUUUUUUGUAGAGAUGCUCUGAAGUUUCAGCCAGGAGUGAGGAUCAUUUGACAAGGAAGAAAAUUGAAGUAAUUUUUGCUUUGAGGUCUAGUAAUUAACAAGCUUUAACACAUGCAGGCAGGCUCCAUAAUGGAUGGUCUCCAGGACACAAAAAGAGUUAUAGGAGUGUAGUUUUGUUUGCCGUUUUUUAGUUCUAUAAGAAAGAGUAUUUUUCUGUACCAAAGUAGACAUUUUCACAAUGUGUUAUUUUAAAUGACUCUAAUGUAUAUACUCUAGACAUCAACUUGCUGCAUGUUUUUGUUGAAACAAGUAUAAUUUUAUCCUGUUGAUCCUUGAGAAUUUA